AUGGCAGACGAACACCUAAUAGUGGCCAAAAUCGUGUCCAUUGUGGUGCUGUUCCUGGUGACCCUGAUCUUCUGCUUUAUUCCCUACCUCCUGGAUCGCUUCUACAAAUGGACCCAACGACCUGAGAACAAUGCACGCGAAUUUAUGGUGGUGCUGUGCCUGCUCAACUUCGGCGGUGGGGUGCUUAUAGCCACCACCUUCAUCCACAUGCUGCCGGAGGUGGUGUUGGUGGUGAACGCUCUCCAGGAUUGCCGCAUGCUGGCGCCCACUCCGUUCGGCCUUCCAGAGGUCCUGCUCUGCACCGGCUUCUAUUUGAUGUACUGCAUCGAAGAAAUCAUGCACUUCUUUGUGCGUCGCCGGCAGCAAAGGAAGCUAAAGGAGGUGGUCACAGUCAAGGAGGCGGGCGAGGACUUCUCGGUGGAGGUGGUGGAACAAUCCGAAGAAGCGCCCAAGGAGCCCAACUGGCUGCGUGGCCUGGGCAUCAUCGUGGCCCUGUCCCUGCACGAACUCUUCGGCGGCAUGGCCAUCGGCCUGGAGAUGACUGUGAGCACGGUGUGGUUCAUGACCGGCGCCAUCUCGGUCCACAAGCUCGUCCUGGCCUUCUGCAUCGGCAUGGAGAUCAUGAUGGCCCACACCCGGUGGCUGGUGGCCGUCAUCUACCUCCUGGUCUUCUCCAUAGUAACCCCCAUUGGCGUGGGCAUCGGGAUCGCUGUCAGUGAAUCCGCCGAGGCUAAUCAGCCGAGCACGGUCUCAGGAAUCCUUCAGGGCCUGGCCUGCGGCACACUGAUCUACGUGGUGUUCUUCGAAAUUGUGGCCAAAAACCAUGCCGGCCUAAAAGUCUUCCUCUCUUCGGUGGUGGGAUUCGUCCUGAUGUUUGGCCUCCAGAUAGCAAUUGGAGAAGCCAAAGGCAAGAGCCAUUUCACGUGUCCUUAA